ACUUAAGAAGCAGACUGCCUGCAAACUGGAAACAUUGUAAGAACUAUUCAGGUUGUUUCUGGAGUAGUCUGUUCCCUAUUAAGAUACCAAGAUGAGUUGCUUCACUUUUUUGAAGGUCAUGAUGGUCUUGUUUAACUUGACCAUAGUGAUUGGUGGAGGAGUAUUGCUGGGCAUUGGAAUCUGGGUCUCUGUUGACAGUGGCUCCUUCCUGAACAUAUUUGGCCCUUUGUCCACCAGCGUCAUGCAGUUUGUCAAUGUGGGCUACCUUCUCAUUGCCAUCGGAGCUGUCCUGUUUGUGUUGGGCUUCCUGGGAUGCUGUGGAGCUCAAAAAGAGAGCAAGUGCCUUCUGAUCAUGUUCUUCUCAAUUGUCCUGAUCAUUUUCAUCAUUGAAGUUGCUGCUGCUGUGGUGGCCUUGGUCUACACAUCACUUGCAGAGAUUAUUUUGCAAGGAACUGUGGUACAGCUACUGAAAACUCAGUAUAACAAGACUUCUGAUGUUACUACUGUAUGGGAUACCACAAUGAAGGAUCUGAAAUGCUGCGGUCUAUCAAAUUACACAGAUUUCAAUGAUUCCUAUUACAUGACCCAUCAUUCAGGCAUGUAUCCACCAUUCUGCUGCAACAGCAGUGAUCCCUGCAGUGCAACUGUUGCUGAAAAAAGCAAUGUACCGGGCUGCUUUCCUCAAUUACUGUCUGAAAUACGGAGGAACGCCGGUGUAGUGGGUGGAGUAGCUGCUGGGAUUUGUGCAUUGGAGAUUGCAGCCAUGGUUGUGGCGAUGUACCUCUACUGCCGUCUGGAUGAGAAAUGACUGGGCUAGAAAACGUGGAGGGUUGCCUAACUGGGAGGCGAGGGCCUGGGGCACAUAGUGACCUUUUCUUAACCUGUGUCCACAACAAAUCAAACAUUUCUUUGGGCUGAAGUGUGUCCAGUGAUUAACUUUUUGACUCUACUGAGCUGGAAUCUGUAGUGUGUACAUAAAGUGGUUCGAUAGAAAAUUUUUGUAAUAUGAGGGGCUCUUGUGUUGAAAGUCAAAAAUAACUGACUCAAAUGACUGGGGGAAAACUGGCAAUAUUUCUGCUGUCUAAAAGAUAAAAAAGAGUGGUCUCUGCCAUUUUAAAGUUUGGAGUUUCUCCUGCUGGCUAUGAUACCUGCCAUCCUCAGAGGUAAUGUGAAAUCUCUCCAUUAAACUGAACAGUCCAGAAAGUUGCAAACAGCUUUAAAAGGCUUUAGCUCCUUUUUAAUGCAAAUAAUAGAUAUAAAAAGGGGGAUCAACAGCUCCCUACCUUUAAUACCAGCACAGUGCAGGAGACCAGCAAGGAUAUAGUUCACUAUUGGUAGAAAAGAUGCAUGGCUUUGAAGAGUGGUGGUGUAGCAGAUUAUUAGCCGUUCUCUGCAAUUCAAUGCAUAGAGGACCUUUCAUGCUCUUCUGCUCGUCACCCUCCCAUUGGCAUGCUCUGUGGGACUUGCCAAAGCCUUUAUGGGUGUCUGGUUGAGCUGGCUCUGUCUGAAUGAAACCCACCCUGUAAUGAAUUCUAUUGUACAUUGGCAUAGCUGUUUAUUAUAAUUAUUUUUUUUACUCUUUGUGGAUAUCAUUUAACUUAAAAUCUAUAAAACGGCAUUGUUUGCACACAGGCUGUUGCAAUAAAAUCUACUUUUUAAUGAAGUCUUAUAGAACAAGAAUGACUUGCGGUACAGUAGAAAGUGAAAAAUAUUAUUUAGAACAUGAGUAGAAACCUAGCUAGAAUCACUAUGUUCCCUCCUUAUUGUAGAAUAUUUUGGAAGAUCUGUAUCAAGGAAAAAAUGGGAAGUGCCAGG